CGGCUCCCUCCGAUCCCAGCUCCCAGUCCCACCAGGCCAGCACCCUCUCCUCCCUCCGCCCACUGGAUCCGAGACCCACGCGAAAAACUCGGGCCGGAAAAAACUCGCCAGGAAAGAGAACGCUCGGAAGGGAAACACAGGCUCCGGCUCGAGACGAAACCCUAACCCUAGCUCCGCCCGCCCCUCCGCCGUCCCUCCUCGCCGGAGGUCUCCCCCGGCGACGCAGCCUCCGCCGGGGGCUCCGGCGGCGAUGCGCCCCUCCCCGUUGGAGGCGUUAUGAGCGGGGAAAUGGCCCGCGCCGAGGCCUUGCCCCAGGGGGAGGCCCCCGUGCUUGGUGUCGACCUGUAUGCGCAAGCUACCAAGGCUGUGUCCCUGCGGACGCCGUUCGAGGGCGAUGAGGCGGCGCCCAGGGUUCCCACGCUGCCCGCGCGGCUCGUCAGCUGGGCAGGGCCGGGGGACGCCCGGAAGAAGCACAAGAAGAUUCUGCCUCCCCGUCCGGACGAUGCUGCUCCCGAGCCUCCACCAGUCUCACCUGUAGCCACCCCUGCGAAGGUUGGCUUGUGGGACCAGUUUGAGGCUUACUUCCGUCCUGUAACAUUGGCUGAUGUCGAAAUGUUAAGACCAAAGCUCCCAUUCGGCUACAGCAAGGUCGACCCAUGUAUGCUAAUACCAUUUCUGGGCAGUGACAAGGAGUUAAUAAACCAAGCUGAGACAUAUGACGUGGCUGUGGCUGAAACAACCUCGUAUUUGGGUGUUGGUGGCGAAGAAGUGGUCACUAACCGGGAGCGCGGCGUGCAGAGUGUCCAUCUGGCUAGUCAGAAAGAGAGGAAUGAUCAAAGCGCUGAACAGGACAUACAUGAUGUGGUUGUGCAACAGAUGGUCAGUGACAAAGAGCUUAAUAGGCACAGAGGGGAACAGGGCAUACACGAAGUUUCUGUUCAGUUGGGAGGGAGAUCAUUUGGAGUGGAUCAACCUGGGAGCAGCAGUGGCAUUGUGUUAGCACAAUGUAUUGAGGAGGAAGGAGUUUCACUGAAUUGGCUGAUAGGAGCAACAGGCCGGUUUGUUCUCACUUCAGAGCGACCCAACAAGAAGAGAAAGCUUCUGGGUGCCGAUGCUGGGUUAGAGCAGCUUGUUCUGCUUCCACGCACAGGGGCUGAGGCAUCGUCAAGCUGUGAUGUUUGUUGUCUUGGAGAAAGUUCCAUGGACUCCAAUAGGAUAGUUAACUGCAGCAACUGCAAGGUGUCAGUGCACCAGAAGUGUUAUGGUUUGCAUGCUGUGCCUGAUGGGCAAUGGUUAUGUGCUCGGUGUACAUAUCUAGAGUCUACAGGGUGGUCAUUAAAUGAAGAUGCUGGCGGCACCCAGUCGAUGCCUUGUGCUUUAUGCCCAAAGGAGAAAGGGGCUCUUAAACCCGUUAAAGUGGAGCCUACUCGAAAUGAGGGUGUUGGCCACCAAAAAUUUGUGCACUUGUUCUGUAGUCUCUGGGCACCAGAGGUUUUUGUUGAGGACAUGGAGUCAAUGGAACCUGUACUUAGUCUUGAAAAUGUCCAAGAGAAUCGGAUGAAGUUGACGUGCAGUAUCUGCAAGAUUAAGCAUGGUGCAUGUGUCCGAUGCAGUCAUGGGACUUGCCGGACGCCCUUUCACCCUAUAUGUGCAAGAGAGUCAAAGCAUCAAAUGGAGAUAUGGGGGAAAUCCAGACACCCUAAUGUUGAGUUGAGAGCAUUUUGCUCAAAGCAUUCUGCAGUUGGAUACACCAGUUCUGUAGAGAACAGUAACCUUGCUUCUGAACAGAGAAAAUCUGUCCCAGACAAUACCACCCUCAAUUCGGGAAAAAUUCCAAUACUAAGGUUCACACGCAAAAACAAGGACAAAUUCAUCAAUUGUGGAACCAGCACCUCUAGUUCUGGUAACCUGAUUAGAGUCAAGACAAUAGAGCAAGGUGCUUUAGCUAACACAGUUAGAAAUGCAAAUACUCAACCUAUUCGAAUCUGGGAAACAGGUACUGGUCAUACCUCUGUUGGUGGUGAUCAUAUGAGAAGUUCUGGUGAUAUUGCUGUAGUGCUUAGAAAGCUAAUUGACAGUGGAAAAGUUAGUGUUAGUGAUAUAGCAUCUGAAGUCGGUAUUUCUUCGGAAUCCUUGGAAGCUGCUCUCGUGGGUGAAACUACCACUUUUUCCCACGGUUUGACGCUCAAAAUUAUCAAGUGGCUCCAAAAUUCUGUGCAUAUGCAUGGUGCUCAAGGAAAUGUUUGUAAAGGGAGAUCUGGGGUGGUGCAAGAUAACAAAUCAGAUGGAUUGGACACCACAGAUACUGUUAAUGUGAAAAAUGCACUGGUCCUAGAUGAUGACAAGGGUGUACCUGUUGAUGUGCCAGAUUCCGCUGUAACUGAACCUGCAGGAACAAGAUCUAAAAGCAACAGUAAGAUAUUGAAAGAAAAUAAUGCAACAUGUGCAACUGGUGUGACUAUUUUGCAAAAUGGAAAAAAGAACAUGGUUAAAGAAGGUUCUAAUCCUGAGUGCUCUGCUAAACAAUCUGCAAAUGAAUCUACUCAGGAGUUUUCCCCAAUCAGUAACAAGGAUGUUUUAAAGGAUGAACAUCGAAUAUUGAUACUGAACGACACCUCUGGAAACAAUGAUUUUGGUACUUCCACAGAGACACCAAAUGAAAACCAAGGUGCAUUACUUGGAAGAAAAUUUAAUGACUUAACUGAGGUUGAACUGGGCCCAUGCUUGGAGAAGGGAGUAUCUUCACAUGAUCAUUGUUUUGUUCAGGCUGAUAAUGGUAGAGAUGGGGUAGACUCGGUUGAAAAUAGCUUCAACGCUCGUGUUUGUGAUUCAAAUUGCUCUCAUGGACAGCCUUUCUUCAACUUUGAUGAUUCACAUUCUUAUAUUCAUCCUUUCAUUAAGAAAAAGAUAUCUCAUCAUUGGGAUAUUACUUUCAAUCAGAAUAAGGAAGCUCUGAAUCACUAUGUACAAGAGUCAUCAUAUCCUUCCCAUGAGAAAAUACCAACUGAUUCCUCGGUAGAAGUAGAGGGUACAGCAGAUACAACUGCAACAGGUCAAGUUUCAAAAGCAAGGUCUUCAAAAAUUCUCGAGCAUUCACCUGAUGAUGAAUUAGAAGGAGAGAUGGUAUACUUACAAUCUAGGCUGCUUGACAAUGCUGUUGUUCUAAAGCACAGAUAUGAAAAAUUGAUAGCAAAGGUUGUCCAAAAUCUUUCUCGCGAGCUGAAUGCCUUCAGUAAAAGAAAAUGGGAUCUUAUUUUUGUGAAUCAGUUUCUUCAUGAUGUUAGAGAAGCUAAGAAACGUGGGAGAAAAGAAAAGAGACAUAAGGAAGCCCAAGCUGUACUAGCUGCAGCUGCAGCUGCUAUUGCAUCCUCCUCACGGAACUCAACUGUGAGAAAAGAUGCAAAGGAGGAUGCACCAGAGAGUUCUCCAAAACUUGUUGCUGGAUCUUCAAGGGUUGGGCAACGGACUUCUUCAUUGCCACGCAUUAAUGAUUCAUCAAAGUCAUCGGAUAACAAAUUUGGAAGUUUUCAUAUGCCAAUUUCCUCGAAAGAAAAUGGGUUAUACUGUGAUGUAUGCAUGCGAACUGAAACUCUGUUGAACCGAAUAUUUGUCUGCUCCAGAUGCAAGGCUGCUGUGCACAUAGAUUGCUAUAGAAAUCUGGAAAAUUCUAUUGGACCCUGGAACUGUGAACUUUGUGAAGAUCAAGACAUUUCAUUAGAAGCUGCAACCGUUAGCGAUAAAUCACAUUGUAAUGGCAAGAACUUACCCUUUGCACAGUGUGGCAUGUGCCAUGGCACAUCAGGUGCUUUUAGAAAGACUGUAGAUGGGAAGUGGGUUCAUGCUUUCUGUGCUGAGUGGUUGUUGGACACCAAGUAUGUAAGGGGACAAGAUAACCCUGUAGAAGGAAUGGAAAGCCUUGUAGAGGGAAAAGACACUUGUUGUGUCUGCCUCCGCAAUGUUGGCACGUGCUUAAGGUGUAGCAGUGGGGAUUGCAAUAUUACUUUUCAUCCUACUUGCGCUAGAAGUUCUGGUUUAUACAUGAACACAAAAGGGUUCGGUACUACACCACAGCACAAAGCAUACUGUGGCAAACACAGCGUAGAACAGAAAGAGGCUGAUGCGCAGCAAUAUGGACCCGAGGAGCUAACGAGCAUGAAGCGAAUGAGGGUUGAACUGGAAAAACUACGCCUGUUGUGUGAGAGGAUAAUUAAGAGAGAGAAGGUGAAGAGAGAGACGGUUAUGUGUGAUCAUGACAUACUUGCCAAAACAAAGGACACCGUUAUUUUCUCCUUCCUUGCGUGCGGAGCAAGCUCAGAAUCUGCAACUACUUCAGUUAAUAACAGGUCCUACAGUGGAGCAGCGCAAAGAUCUGAUGAUGUCACAGUAGAUAGUACUAUUUCUGGGAAGAAGACCAUAAGGUUUUCUCUGAAUAACAAAGAUGCUGAUAGAAACACAGCUGACAGCUCGAGGACAUUGAUAUCAUUUAAACGCAAGUUGAGUGAGAGGGGACCUCGAGCUGGUAAGCAACUUCCGCAGAGGCCAACUAUUGCUGCAGAGAAACUAGAAGAUGAAGACAAGAAGACAACCGAUAAGAAGAGAGAAAUGUUUCAGAAGGAGCGCGUUAUGACAUCUGAUCAAGCUUCUACACAGAAUCAACUCCUUCCUCCAGGAUAUUUUUAUGUUCCUCGGGACUCUUUAUCUAAAGAGAAGCUAUGGAAUCGUACACAGCCCCAUAAUCCACAGGAGCCUGGUGGAUAGGAUCAGUUGAAACCAAUCCGGUUCAUUUCUCUCGCGGAAGGCCAUAAAAAAUUUGUGCAAGCUUGUUCUUUGCAACUGAAAAUGACAAGCGGCAAGCAGGGCUGGCCAGUGCUAUUGCCGCAAGGGUUACAGCCAAUCCGUGAUCUUUUUUGGACCCAAGUUGCAUAAUGGUGCAGACUGAGUUAUUUGUGUGAAUGUAUGGUGUGGCACCAUAACAAGAAGGCUGCCCCCCACCCAGGUAACUCGAAUGAUCAGCAAUAUGGGUGAAUUGACCUACCUGUGCUAUACCAAAGAGCGUGCCAACUGUAUAUAUGAGUUUCUUAGUGCGCAGAUUUUGUAAAAUUGCCCUGUACAUUCUUUCCUUUGCAAAUACUAGUUUAGUUGCGCAGGAGAAAAGUAAUUAUAAAUCGUUUUUGGUUGGAUAAGAAAAGAAAUUAGCUUGGUUCUUUAUCAUGGUUCAGAAGAAAAUGCAGUGGUGCUUGCGAACAACAUUGGGCAGAGGUGUUUGCUUGGUCUCUGUAAGGAAUGGUGAAGGUGCCAAAAAUAAGGUCAUGUCACUGCGUUUCGGCAACAAUUUGUUGGUGCUAACUGGGAAGUGGUAUCGUACAGGCUGAGACACUGUUUUAGCUAAUUGUAGCCGGUGGCUUUUCCGGUGCCUUUUUGUUUUCGGGAAACAGUGGUCUCUUUACUGGUUAACUGGUCUUUAGAUGUCAAGAUAGCAACAAUGUUGAAUUUGGCCUGCAAGUUGUUAGGUUGAGAA